AUGUCUAAUAUUUCUAAAUAUUUUACACCGGUCCCUGAUGCCUCAGUGACAUUCAAUGGUGCGAAUAUUGAAUUAGGCAACGGUUUUGGCCACAAGGUCCACAAUAAAGAUCCUGAGGCUGAUAUCAUAUCAGCCGCUGCUGCCGAAGGCUCAGAAGAACAUAUUCUUCAUGAUUUAACUUUCAGAACUUCACAAGGUGAAAUGGUUCUUAUUUUAGGUAAACCAUCUUCUCCGUUAUUCAAUGCCCUUUUCCAUGGCCACAAAAAUUUAAAAUAUUCUCCAGAAGGUGGCAUUAAAUUUAAGGACAAUGAAUACAAGGCUUUUUCGUCAAAGUGUCCUCAACAAAUUAUUUACAACAAUGAACAAGAUAUUCAUUUUCCUUUCCUGACUGUCGAACAAACAAUCGAUUUCGCUUUGAGUUGUAAAUUCGAUAUUCCAAAGGAGGAACGUAUUGCUUUAAGAGAUGAAUUGUUAAAGGAAUUCGGUCUUUCUCAUGUCUUGAAGACUUUGGUUGGUAAUGAUUAUGUUCGUGGUGUUUCUGGUGGUGAACGUAAGCGUAUUUCAAUUAUCGAAACUUUUGCUGCCAAUGGUUCUGUAUACCUAUGGGAUAAUUCUACCAAGGGUUUGGAUUCUGCAACUGCGUUAGAUUUCUUAUCCAUUUUACAAAAGAUGGCCAGAGCUACUAGAUCUGUUAAUUUUGUCAAGAUUUCUCAAGCUUCCGAUAAGAUUGUUUACAAGUUUGAUAAAAUUUUGAUGCUUACUGACUCAUACCAAGUGUUUUACGGUACUAUCGACGAAUGUAUGACCCAUUUCCGUGACUCUUUAGGUAUCGAGAAAGAUCCAAAUGAUUGUAUUAUUGAAUAUUUAACAUCUAUCUUAAAUUUCCAAUUUUCUACUCAAAACAUGAAGUCUCAUUUGAUUCCAAGAUCUGAAACUGAUUUGUAUGAAUUAUGGAAGGAAACUGAAUAUUACACUCGUUGUAAAGAGGAAGUGGAUGCUCAUGGUGCGCCAGGUAAUACUGAUAUUCCAGAGGAGGAUACCACUCCAACUUUUGCCAUUUCUCUAACAAAACAACUAGAUUUCGUUACAAGAAGAGCGUUUGACAGAAGUAUCGGUGAUAAAUCUUACUUAAUUUCUCAAUUUGUGUCCGUGGUUAUCCAAUCUUUGGUUAUUGGUUCCUUAUUUUAUGAUGUCGCUAAGACUACAAUCGGUUCUUUUUCUAGAGGGUCAUUGAGUUUCUUCGCUAUUUUAUUCUUUACUUUCCUUGCUUUAUCUGAUUUACCUGCUGCUUUCCAAAGACAAUCUGUUGUUAUGAAACAUGUUAACUUACAUUUUUACUACAGUUGGGUCGAGACACUAGCAUCUACAUGUUUUGAUUACACAUUUAAAUUCUUUUUAGUCGUUGUUUUCUCCAUUAUCUUAUAUUUCUUAGCUCAUUUGAAGUACGAGGCUGCAAGAUUCUUCAUCUUCUUAUUAUUCCUGUCAUUUUAUAACUUCUCAAUGGUCUCAUUAUUUACUCUAACUGCACUAAUGAGUCCAACAUUGUCUAUUGCUAAUUUAUUUGCUGGUAUUUUAUUAUUAGCCAUUGCUAUGUAUGCUUCUUAUGUUAUUCAUUUGGAGGAUAUGCACCCAUGGUUUAUUUGGAUUGCCUACCUUAACCCAGCUAUGUUCAGUAUGGAAGCCAUCUUGAGUAAUGAAUUGUUUACCUUGAAAUUGGAUUGUACCGAAAGUAUUAUUCCAAGAGGUCCCGCAUACGUUAAUGUCACUUUUUCAAACAAAGCAUGUGCUUGGCAAGGUGCAACUUUAGGUAACAACUAUGUUAGAGGUCAAGAUUACCUAAGCUCCGGUUUGAAGUACAAGUACCACCAUGUCUGGAGAAACUUUGGUAUCCUAAUUGGUUUCUUAUGUUUCUACCUUUUCUUAUCAUUAUUCGUUUCUGAAUACAUUACUCCAUUAUACACUCGUCAGAACUUAUUAAAAUUCCAGGCUUAUUUGAGACGUCAUGGUAUCAUAAGUGGUUCCGAUCUUGAAUUCGAAGAGGAAUUAUACAAUGAGCCAAUGGUAUCUUCUAGUUCUUCAUCAAGUUCUCUAGACUCCGUACACAAAGAAAUCCCAGAAGGUUCAAAAGAUGAGGAAGAAAAAUCUCCAUCUAAUGGUGAAACCGGAGCUACUGUUCAAUCUCAAAAACACGUUAUCUCAUGGAAAAAUAUUAACUACACUGUAGAAGGCAACAAACAAUUAAUUAAUGAUGUAUCUGGUUAUAUUUCGUCUGGUCUGACGGCUCUUAUGGGUGAAUCAGGUGCCGGUAAGACAACAUUGUUAAACGUCUUAUCUCAAAGAACUGAAAAGGGUGUUGUAACCGGUGAACUGCUGAUUGAUGGCCAACCACUAACCAAUAUUGGUGCUUUCAGAAGAAGUAUCGGUUUUGUUCAACAACAAGAUGUCCACUUAGAUCUAUUAACCGUUAAAGAAUCCCUUGAAGUUUCCUGUAACCUAAGAGGUGAUGGUGACAUGGUAUACUUGGCAUCUAUUGCUAAGUUAUUAAGAUUACCUGCUGAUAAAUUGGUUGCCGACUUAUCUCCAACAGACAGAAAAUUGUUAUCCAUUGGUGUUGAAUUAGUCACCAAACCGUCUCUAUUGUUGUUCUUAGAUGAACCUACAUCUGGUCUAGAUUCAGAAGCUGCUCUAACUAUUGUUAAGUUUUUGAAAAAAUUAUCUGAACAAGGCCAGGCUAUUCUUUGUACUAUCCACCAACCUUCUAAGAGUGUUAUUAGCCAUUUUGAUAAUAUUUUCUUACUGAAAAGAGGUGGUCAAUGUGUUUACUUCGGUGAUAUUGAGAACGCUUGUGACUACUUUGUAAACCAUGACAACCUCUUAACUUACGAUCAUGAAACUGAAAACCCUGCUGAUUUUGUUAUUGAUGUUGUUGGCGGUAAAGUUCGUGAUGGGGAAGCUAAUAAGCUUGAUUGGGCAACAACGUGGCAACAAUCUCCUCAAAAGGUUGAAAUUUUCAAGACUUUAGAUACACUAGAGGCUGAAGCACGUGAUUCCAAUGUCGAUUUUACUACCUCUGCCUGGACUCAACCUUCUUACAUGGCUCAAUUAAGAUACAUUAUUAAAAGACAAUAUAUUUGUACUAAAAGAGAUAAGGUUUACGUGAUUUCGAAGUUUGGUUUGAAUGCUGGUGCUGGCCUGUUCAUCGGUUUCUCCUUCUGGAGAACCGGUCAUAAUAUAUCUGGUUUACAAAAUGCUAUUUUCUUGGCUUUCAUGAAUAUGUGUUUAUCAUCUCCUCUAAUCAAUCAAGUACAGGAUAAAGCCCUACAAUCAAAGGAUGUCUUCAUUGCAAGAGAAAAUAGAUCUAAUACUUACCAUUGGACUGUCUUAUUGAUUGCACAAACAGUCGUCGAAUUACCUCUGGCCAUCGCAAGUUCUACAUUGUUCUUCCUCUGUUGUUACUUCUGUUGUGGCUUUUCAAAUGCUCCACAUAUUGCUGGUGUCUUCUACCUGAACUAUAUUUUAUUCAGUGCAUACUAUCUAACUUUCGGUCUUUGGUUGAUGUAUUCCGCUCCAGAUUUACAAACGGCAGCUGUGUUCGUUGCAUUCUUAUACUCUUUCACAGCUUCGUUCUGUGGUGUUAUGCAACCAUAUUCUUUGUUCCCACGUUUUUGGACAUUCAUGUACAGGGUUUCUCCUUACACAUAUUUCAUUGAGACAUUUGUAAGUUUACUUCUACACGAUAGACCCGUUAUUUGCAAAAAUAGUGAACUGGUUCCAGGUCAGCCAUUAGUGGGUCAAACAUGUGGUGAAUUCAUGGCACCUUACAUUGAAGAAUUCGGUGGUUACUUAAAAAAUCCAAACACAUUUACUGUUUGUGGUUACUGUACCUAUACUGUCGGUGAUGAUUUCUUAGCUGUUGAAAACAUGAGUUAUCACCAUAGAUGGAGAAACUUUGGUCUAGAGAUUGUAUUUGUUGUCUUCAAUUUCUGUGCAAUGUUCGUAGGUUUUUACUUAACUUACAUCAAAAAUGUUUGGCCAGGUGUUUUCUCCUGGUGUAUGAAGGCGACUGGUCUAAACCGCUUAUUGAAAUUAGAUAUUAAUAAAAGUAAUUAUAUUGAUGAAAAUGGUAACUCGAAUGAAAAAGCAGAAUCAUUCGAUGUCAGAGAAGACUCGAUUGAAGAACCGGUUGCACAAUCCAUGGAGAUGGUUCCUGGCUCUAUUGAAGAACCUAAAAUCAAUACUGCUGCAUCCGCUUCCAUCGAACAACCAUAUAUAACUCCUUUGGAAACACCAAGUAUCGUUCAAAAUGAAGGAAAUAAGUUGUAG